AUGGAUUUCGACCUGGAUCUUUACUAUCAAUCCGCCGUCUUCCCAGGCUUUGGCGAACCCACCCUGGAGGAGACGGAGGCUGCCACCAAAGCAGCCUUGGAAGCUGAACUUCGAGGGAUGAGAGCCAGUUUUGCCUCUGCCUCUGGUAUGGAACAUCAUGAACUGUUCAUGGACCCGUCGACGGCUUGGGACUUCACUUCCAACAUCAAUGCCAACAGCAACAACACACAUUCCAACACAACCUCGUCAACCGCCUGCUCAACCCCCAGCCUCCAUGCCCUCGAUGAAAUUAUCAUCAAGUCCGAACCAACCGAGAACUGUUCUCUCCCACCCGAUUCGCCCCAGAAGAAGCGGAGACAGCCGUGGGGUAGACAACUUACCCCUCCCACUACCAAUCUCCCACCAAGAAAACGUGCCAAGACAGAUGCUGAAAAGCAACAACGUGCCUAUGAGCGUGUGAUCAGAAACAGAAAGGCCGCUGAGACCUCUCGCCAACGAAAGCAGGCCCAGCAAGAUCAGCUCUACAGGGACCUCCAGGCCGCGUUGGACGAGAACAAGGCCUUGAAGGCCAAGAUCGGUGCCAUCGAAAAGGAAUGCACCACCUACAAAAGCCGUUCCACUCAUCUCCAACUGCAGCUGCAGGGUAUCUCCAACGGCUCCACUGCCAUGUCUGCCGCAUUCAAGGUUGAGGACCCCGUCGCUCCCAUCAAACUGGAAACCGCUGGGGCGGCCGACCACUAUGUUAGCCCAUCCUCUCUUACCUGCGAAUCACCAGCCAACCAAUUUGACGACAUUAUCUCACCUACCUCCUCGCUUGCUGGCUCUCCGGAGACCAUGUCCGAGGAUGAGAGCCCUAGAACCCCAACAGAACUCAAGUCUGGGGUCUACUCUCACAUGUUCAGCCAUUAUGCUACAUACCCUUCUGACUCCAUCCUCCUCCCAACAGCCAAUGCUGCUGCCGAACCACGAAAGAUGGCUAAUGCCAUGGACAUCAGCGAGCACUUCAACGAUGUCUUCACAGCAUUGAACUAUGAUAGAAAUCCCGAGGCUGCCCAACUCACUGAUUUCGUUCAGAAUUUGUUUUAA